AUGUCGUCAUUGGUGGCUGAUUUGAAACAUACCCAAGAGUUCCUCGAGGGACAGCGAAAGCUUUUGGCGCCUGAUCAGUUCCGGGUGAUCGUCGGUAAGCAGAGUUCUACUUGGUGCUCUCGCUUUAGGUCUUCAAAGCUCUCACCUUCAGAUUGCGCCACUGUUACUGGCAUCCUUGCAUCAGGGCCAUGGAAUGAAGAACAGAAGGGUGCGUUGGGCAACGCGCUUUCCGAGAGCAUGAUGGGUACUGAAGGACCUGCUCCGCGUCGACCUGCGCAGGAGCUUAAGAGCUUUCCAUGCUAUAUCACUCCCAACGAUGCCAAGGUCCUGAGAUCCGAUGUGCAUAACAUGGUGAAGUUGAGCUGCGUCGUGGAUCGCUGCGUCAACUUGUCCUUGCACCUUCCCAACACCGCCACAGUGAAGCACAUCGUUGGGUGCAUGGUGGAAGGUGGUGUCGUGGCAGCAUCUCCCAAUGCCCAGUAUAAUCUGUUGAAGGAGUUCAAGUCCCAACUCAAAGCGAAGAUCAAGCACCAGCCAAAGAGCAGCGUGCACUUGGAACAUUUCCCAGCAAGUCCAGACGAUCUUCCGGAUGAGCUGUGGAAACAGGCAUACGGAGAAAGCCCAGAAGAAGAUGAUAAACCUAUGGGGGCUGCAGCACUUGCAGCAGGCUUUGAGGGAUUGGGGCACAAGAUUCCUGUACGAAAGACGAACUCCCAAGUUCGAGACCAAAGCGCGACGGGCACCAUGAACAUGAAUAUGGAGAAUUGGCAGCAGAUGAUGAUGCAGUGCAUGGCCAUGAUGCGAGGGCAGCUGCAGACGCAGGACACGCCUGCAGGCUUUCAAAUCUUUGACAACCGGAGGAAAAGACAAAAGAUGCUGACUGGAGGGGAGAGUCCCGCGGAGGCUGCACCUUCAGGGGCACAUGCGAGCACGCGGUUGGCCCUUCCAGCUCCAGCUGCACCAUCCAAGCCAGAAAUUGCCCUUCCAGCUGCGCCGUCCAAGCCAGAAAUGGCCCUUCCAGCUGCACCGUCCAAGCCAGAAAUGGCCAUUCCAGCAGCUGCACCCUCAGUUCAGGCCAUUCCAGCAGCUGCAGCUGAAGCUCCAGAUCCGGCCAUGCUUUUGUCCAUGGAAGCUGUGAAGAAGGCUUGCAAAGAAAGGGAAAAGGAAAAGAAGGCAGAGGCUGCCAAGGCAGCUGCUGAGGCUGAAGAGGCGGAGGGAGGUGGAGACGAGGCCAAGUCAAAAAAGACCCCCAAGAACAAGGCGGUCAAGCCAAAAGCCAAACCAGAAUUGAAGUCCAAGUCUGAAGAUGAUUUCAAGACGCCGCGGCGCGGUCGACCUGUGCCCAAGGAGCAGCCUGAGUCGGCUGAAAAGGCUGCGGUUCCCAAGAAAGGUGAUGGCACCUUCUUUUGGAAGGCCGGAAAAGUCCACAGAAACGAUACCUCAGGCCAUUGGCGAUGCUUCAAACAUCGCAGUGACAAAACCGACAAGAAGAUCAAGAUCGGCAAGACCGCGGACGAAGAGAAGGCAAGCUUUGUGCGCGCCUUGAAGUGGAUCGAGGAAGACUGA